AUGCCUCGUCGACCUAACAACCUUUUCACCACCAACAGCUCCCCUUCUUCGUACCCGCCGUCCUUUUCGUCCGCGAACGAAAAGGGCGGCAUUCCUAGUAAUCAGGCCCACUCUUCCUCCGUGAAACCUAAGCGAUUGAGCCAACUGUUUUCUACUUCGCCAAAGACCAGAUCAGACACCCACACCGCUGCUCAGGCCGCCCUGAUUGCCGCACGCGGGGGCUCUAUCAGCCAUCUAAGCACUCCUCAUAUUAGUUCGCCGUCGCUGUCCCUACCGACCAUCUCGCUUUCCACGGCGACUGCGGACAGCGCCAACAUGGAUGUGCCUCCAACCACUCUGUUUCAACCCGCUUCGCCGGGGGAAACACGUCGUCUGGCCAGACAACAUGCUCAGUUCGGGCCACUCGGGCAUCCUAGUCAUCGAUAUACCUCGAAGCACCAAGGGGGUGAAUUCCCCGAACCUAUCAUGGACGAGCCGCCAUACUACUACCUGCUUACGACCUACAUCAGUUACCUGAUCCUAAUCGCUUUCGGGCACGUGCGUGAUUUCUUUGGAAAACGAUUCAGAGAAGAAAACUAUACGCAUCUCAAACCUAAGAACGGAUAUGGCGCGUUGAACAGCGAUUUCGACAACUUCUACGUCCGCAGGCUCAAAUUACGUAUUAAUGAUUGUUUUGAGAGGCCCGUGACCGGGGUCCCCGGCCGAUAUAUUACCUUAAUCGAUCGGACGAGUGAUGACCACAAUCGUCAUUUUCGCCUGACCGGGACUUACACCGACACCUUGAAUAUGAGCUCAUAUAACUAUCUUGGCUUCGCACAGUCGGAGGGUCCCUGCGCUGAUGCCGUCGAGGACAUUAUUAAACGAUACGGGAUCAGCUCCGUCUCCACCAGGGCUGAUGCAGGUACCCAGGACCUCCAUAUUGAAGUGGAGGCCCUCGUAGCCAACUUUGUCGGGAAGGAAGCUUCCAUGGUGUUUUCCAUGGGCUUCGGAACCAAUGCUAGCGUGUUUUCUGCUUUGGUUUCGAAGGGCUGUCUGAUCAUUUCCGACGAAUUGAAUCACGCGUCAAUCCGUUUUGGUGCCCGUUUGUCAGGUGCUUCGAUCGAGAUCUUCAAACAUAACGAUGUCAAGGCCCUAGAGAAGAAAUUACGGGAGGUGAUUUCCCAAGGCCAGCCGCGAACUCACCGCCCCUGGAAGAAGAUCCUGGUCGUUGUUGAAGGGCUGUAUUCUAUGGAGGGGACCAUGUGCAAUCUUCCCGGCAUACUUGCCUUGAAGAAGAAAUAUAAGUUCAACAUUUUCGUCGACGAAGCCCACUCGAUAGGUGCCAUCGGGCCUAGAGGAAGAGGCGUCUGCGAUUAUUUUGGCGUAGAUACGAAAGAUGUCGAUAUCCUCAUGGGAACGCAUGACCAAAUCCUUUGGCGCCAAUGGUGGUUACAUUGCCGCGGAUAA